AUGUAAAAAAAUAGUCUAAGUUUGCUAAUUACUAUUCUUCUAACUUUAAUUGAGUAUUGCAAUUUGUUAUUAAAGAUAAGUUUAUUCAAGUUGCAAUUACAUAAGCACUGAGUCUGUAAUAUUAAGCCUAUCUAAUCCUGAACAGGAAAUAGAUGUUAAAUUGGAAAAUAGGAUUUUAAACUCGAAAGACAAUAUUGGGUAUGGUUUAUGGAUGAAAUACCAACCGUUCAUCCCAAUUUCAGAUAUAAGUAUUGGAUAAUUAUCGAUAGGUUUCGUCAGGUUUUUCAGGAAAGGGUUCAGCAUCAUCUGGGUAGUUCAUCUAUUUACUCUAGUAAAAAGAAACAAAAUUCAAUUUGUUAGCUUUUUAUACAUCUAUUUCUGAUUAAACAUUAACUAUUACUCACAAUGUAUUUUAUUCAUUUAAAAAAACAACUGGCACAUUAGUAUUUAAUUUUGAAUAUGGAAAUUAUGAAGGGUAAUGGAUAUUAUUUUAUUACUAUUUUAAUCUUUUAUCAGAGUAAACAAUUGUCGGAUUUUAUUCAUUGCAACAGACUAUUUCAACGAAAACACAGACAGUAAAUGACAUACCUGCACUUGUUAAAGAUAUUACUCAUGCGAUAGGAGGAAAAUAGGAGAUGACAAAUUAAUUGGGAGAGCAACUUAAAUUAACCUAGUUUAUAGGAAGACUGUCCACAGUUUUCAGUUAGGGGUCAGUAAACAUAUUUACAAACUUGGAGACAUUCUUAUUAGGUUGUUCUAUCCAAUCUGAAUGCUCAGGAUCUGCAUAUACAUUAUCAAGUAGCAAUUAAGCAUUUUUGGGAUAGGGCUAUACAUCUGGUACAACAAGUGUAUUUGAGUAUCCAAAAUUUGUAAUAAAAGGAUGGUUGAAAUUACAAUUGUUUGAGAAAUCACCUCUCGUUACUGUGAUAUUCAGAGUGACGAUAAAUUAAAACUAUGAGGAUGACAUGGAGAUUGGAGAUAAAGAUAUUUACUUGUAAUAUCAUUAGAAUAUCAGUCCAGAAUCAAAUGGAUUUCAAAUAACUACUUAUUCUUACAAUUUUCCGACUUCAAAUAGGUACACUAGUACUACCACAGAUACCUUGAGUGACUUUGGAGCAUAAUAUUUGGAAUUAUUCAUAAAGUGGCAUUAUAUUUAAUAUGAAAUCGGAACAAGCAAUAACCAAGGCCAACCAUUGUUUACAAUGUAUUUUCCAUCACUAUUGGUUAAGUAGUAAGCUUACAAAUGGAGCACUAAGAUACAACAUUUUACAGGAACAAAAAUGUAUUAUUCUGUUGGUGGCGAUAAAUAUAGUAAAACUUAUUUGGAAGGGCACAUAAGCGAUAUGUAAUUUAUUUAGUAUUGCACAACUCCAAUAAUUACAUUAUCCCCUAAUUGUCACUAUACAUGUCUCACUUGUGAUGGUCCUAAUAGCAACAAUUGCUUAUCCUGUCCAUUGAAUAGUCAAAGAAUCUAGUCAGUAACCCAAAAGAUUUGUGCUUGCAAAUCCAAAUAUGUAGAUAUUGAAAACGAACCAAUCUGCAAACCAGUAUCGGAAAUCUUUCCAUAGAUGACAGAGGUAGAACUGGAGUUAUAGUGUGACACUCCAGGUUAUGAUGUUUGCACAACAGAGAAAAAAGAAUGUUCGUUUGGCUAUUUCUUGUAUGGAGGGUCUUGCUUAUAAUGGUAUCGUAUAUAUAUAUAAUUAAUAUAGUCCUGGAUAUUCCACAUUUACUACAAGAAGCGUAAUUUAAUGUUCAAAUUGUUUAUUUUACCCAGGCGCCUUCUCAUACUCAUUAAGGUGUAUUCAAGAUACAGUCACAUAUGAUUAUGAUGAAAAUUCUUCUUAUUAAACCGUCGUCAGAACUGAGAGAGAUAUAGAAUUUUAUAAUGUAGUUUUAAAUGUAAAUGGAGAUUAUGAAUUAUAAUUAAAGGAAGGAUUUGAUAUCUCUAACACUUGCAAAGAAGGGUACUUUUUAAGUAAUGAGAAUUGUAUCCCUUGUGUUAAAGGAUGUCAAGUUUGCCAAAAUUAAGAUAUAUGUAAAACCUGCUCUUCUGGUUAUGUUUUAACAGGAGAUUUUUAAUGUACUCAAUGUUAAGGAUGUACAGAUUGUACAAUUGAAUCUGAAAUAGUAGUAUGCAGUUCCUGUGCAACUGGAACAUAUUUAUCAUCAAAUGGACCUUGUAUUCCAUGUGGGAUGAAUUGUUCAAGUUGUGAUUCAAAUGGUAUUUGUCUAUACUGUAGUGAUCCUACUAAAUACUUUUAAACAUUUGAUGGUCAAAAUUGCCAACCUUGUAGUAUCACAAAUUGUAUCUAUUGUUAUUAAUACUUUGUUAAAAAUGGAAUAACUUAUACAACUCUUGAUAUAAAUUAUGAUAUUCUUGAACUAAACUAAGCGUAGUUCUUAGUUGGGUGUGCCCUUUGUUAGGCUAAUCUUUAUUAUAAUAUACUAACAUAAAAAUGCUAAGAUAAACCUCUUACAAUUCCUUCAACAACUUCAACUGAUCCAUCCAGCGGAAGUACCAGUGGUGGAGGUGGCGGUAUUGGUGGCGGAGGAGUAGGAGGUGGCGGAAGUACUGGAGGAGGAGGCUCAUCAGAUUAAGAUAGUGAUUGCAGUUCUGGGCUCAUUAUCAAUACUGCAGGCGAUACUAAAUGUUUGGUCAGUACAACAAGCAAGACUUCUACUCAAAAUACGGAUUGCUCAUCAAUUUCAAAUUGUUCCCAAUGCAUCUAAAAAUAUAGUUCAUCUAUUACUUUUUGCAUGUUGUGUGUCGAUGGGUAUUAUUCAGCAAUAUUAACUGGUUAAUGUUUACAAUGUGAUUCGAAUUGUAAGAGUUGCAUUUAAUAGAGUGAAAAGUAUCAGGACUAUUGGAAAUGGGAUAUAAAGGCUUAUUAUAAAUAUAUGCUUAAUUCAGAUGAUUUACAUGCCUUUGAAACCUAUGCUGUCGAGACAGUUCAAAAUAACUUUGAAUUGAUUUGCACAUCCUGUCCUUUAGGAUAUAUUUUAUAUAAGCAUAAGUGCAUCAAAGAUUGUGAUGUUGAAUGCACUGAAUGUGAUGUAAUAAAUGGGGUUGCUACUUGUAUCUAAUGUUUGGAAACUCCAUAGGGAUUUUUAAAAAGUCAAGAUUCAAAUGGAGAAUGUUAGGCAUGUCCAAGUAAUUGCGGAGCUUGUUUAGAAAGGACUGCUUCAGAAAUUGCCAAAUUCAAUCCUUACUUCAUCUCCUCUUCCUCAAAUUUAAAGUAUACAAAAAUUUGCUAUGAAAAAUUCAAUUUAGAUUCUCCUGAGGGUUAAUACUUUAAUGAUCAAUUAUUAAAAACUAUUACCUUUUGUGAAACCUAUAAUAAAUGCUAUUAUCAAGUGAUUUUGGUUUAAAACGUUUAUUGUUCAUAUUAUUAUAUGAAUUAAACAGCCGCUGAUUUGACAGGAGAAGCGUUGAAUGUUUUUAAGAUGAAAAAUAUUCACAUAACUGAACUCUUUUAACAGAAGUACUUAUCUGCUGUUGAAACAUCUGGGUUGUUUUAGUAUCUGAAUGAGAAAGUGAUACGAGAAGUCGUCUUUGAAUAUACUUUAGUUUAGAAAUCUGGAGAGGUUUGUAAUAUACCAUCAGGGGGGUAACUCUUUUCAAAAAUUUAAUAAAAUGUAUUUACUGUUCAAUCUGUUAACAUCAAAUUUAUUGGACAAUUAUACCCAACCACUAUAACUUUAGAAUCCACAUUAACAUUGAGCAACUUCACAACAAUUACUUUUCAAAAUAUCAAAUUGGACACCAUGGAUACCUAAACCCAGAAUUCCUUGGAAUCAGCUAUUAUUUUGGAAAAUAAAGCCUUGAACCUCAACUUAGUUAUUCAAGACUGUGUAUUUACGACAACUAAUUCUACCCCUAGUAUACGCUCAUUUUAUUUUCUGUCUCAAUAAGGUUAUUCUCUGAGCAUCAUUAAUUUGAUUAUUGACAACCUAAAGGUUGUAAACUCAGAAAUAUUUUCAUUCGUUUCAUCAUCUCAAUUCAAUCCAAACAGUUUGACAGUUUAUGAUUUGAAGGUAACCAAUUCAUAUUUUUUAUCUACAGAUUUAUUCUACUUUGAAGGAAAAUAGAGUUUUCUUUCCUUAAACAUUGUGAUGAAAUCAAUAACCAUCACUAAUACAAUAUUUGAGAAUUCAAAUUUUAUGAAGUCAUAAACCUAACUAGACUAUGACAUAGGUCCUGUUUUGAUUAAAGAAAUCGAACUCAAGGCUGUAACAAUCAAAGAAAAAGCAUCACUGUUUAAUAUUCAAGGGGCAUAGUCCCUUAAGCUUUAAGGUCUAACCAUGUUAGAUAGUGUUAUUUCAUCAAGCUCGUACCUUUACAGUUGCAAUAUCUUUCAAUUACAGGAUAUCUAUAUAAACAAUACUGGUAUUUCGAGCAGCACAAUAUUCAGUAACGAUGUAGAUUAUUCAUUAUCAUAUAAUGCACUAAUUAACGCUGCUGAAGUGUCAAUUAUUAAUUGCACUAUUGAAAAUGUUAAUUACAAUAAUCAACAAGCAAUCAUAAAAAUAAUCUUGCUAGAAAAGAUAUCUGCUCUAAUUGUUUCAAUACAGCAAUUUACAUUAUCAAAAAGUGUGAUUACAGUAAAUGUGAAAACUACUUAUAUAUCCUAUCAAUAAUCUAUUAUCUAUCUAGAAUGCUAAACUUGUGUUUUGGAGGAUGUUGAAAUUCAAAGAGGGUAUGGUCUCCCAGAAAUAACAAUCCUAAACUCUUAGAGUCUGUCAUUAAAUAGGAUCAAAUUUACUUAAUCAACUUUAUAUCAUUCCAAAACCCUCCAUUAAUCUGUUGAUUGCAUGCUCAAGUAUGCCUAUUAGAAUAUGUACUUUUACUUGUACAUAGGAUUGUAUCAGAAUAUCACAAUAAAUAAAUUAGAAUUGUACAACUCAAUAGUCUACAACAAUCCUUUUAUAAUUAUUAAGGCUUAUGAUUUGAUGGAGAAAAUACAAAAUGAAUAUAUCAGCAUCACCAAUAGCAACUUUUAUUCAAACAUGUUAAUAAUAACAAAAAGAAACACUGCUUCAUCGUUGAUAUCAUUAUUCUCUGAAUAAAACUGUAAAGUUAGUAUAGAUUGUGUAGUAUUUAAUAAGAAUCAUUUAAAUGAGUACGUUUAAGAUUUAUCAAGACAAUCUGCAUCUACCUUGCUGCUUUAGUCAUAGCAGGGCGAUGUUGAAAUUUCCAAUACAGUGUUCAAAAACAAUCUCGUCACUAAUUCUACCGAUUCCAUAUUAUACAUAAAAUCAAUCAAUGUAGUAUUUCAGAAAAAUCAGUUUUCUAGCAACAACAUCUUGCAACUUUCAAUAUUAGCCAAGAAUCUAUUGCUAUUUGAAAACUAAGAAUAGAUUGAUGGGUAGAGUUUGACCUAGGUAUUUCCAAUCAAUUCAAAAAGUGGAAAUGGUAUGAUAACAGCCAAUAUCAUCUCAAUAAAUAAGACAUCAGUCAAUAAUUCAUUUUCCUUGUAUGGAGGUGGGUUCUAUUUGGUAGCUUAAGUUACAGGUACGAUCACUAUUUAGAACUCAAUAUUUUAAAAUACUUUAACUAGCUUAUCAAGUUCUUCAUUUUCAUCAGGAGGCUGUCUCUACAUCGAUGCCUAAUUGUCAGAGCUAAAGCUUCGAAUAUAUACGACGACGAUAGAAGACUCAUUUAGCAGGAUUUAAGGAGGCGGCAUCUAAAUUGUACCUUCGUAACAAUAGAACUAUGUUGAUCUGCAAAAUCUAACAAUAAUAAAUUGCUUUUCCAUCUAAUAUGGUUUCUUCUCAUAUGUAUUAUCAAGUCUGUAGAGCAUAUAUUCGGAAGUUCAUUUUAGUGGAAUAUCGUUUAUAGCCACAAAAAGUGGGUUCAUGAGAUUUUUAUCCCUUUUGGAAUCACCCACAACUGAUGAUAUGGAUUAGAUUAGAAAUAACAAUCCCAUGAUCAAAGUCAAAUAUGGAUCAGUGUAUAUGAAAAAUUGCAGUUUUGUUUCAACCCACAUUUAAUUUUUGUUGGAUUUUGAAUUUGCAACUAAUAUCGUUUUAAAAGAUAUUUUCAUCCUGAAUUCCACAAUCUUAUUUUCUCCUUUGAUAAGAUUAAGUUUACGAUAAUGUAAUAAUUUAUAAAUAAUAAAUAGAGAUUAGUGGAAGUAUUUUGUUGAUUAAUGUGAAUGCAGAAAAUGUAGAGCAGUACACUGAUUAUUCAGAUGCUGUGUGUUUGAUUUCGACAUUUCAAUAGAUUUAAUCGUUAACAUGUCCUGGAAGUAUUCCAUAGGACAAUCCGAUCAUAGAUGAUUAUGAUACAUCUCUCUAUUAGCAAUAAUAAUAACUUUGUAAUUAAAAUGAUGUUUAUAAAAUUGCAAAUUAUAAUUUUAGCUUAUUUGAGAUAGACAAUUUGAAUUCAUCUCAUAGUUUUGAGGUUCAAGAAUUAAAUUUUGAUUCCAUAAAUUGCUAGUCUUGUCAAUAUGGCAUCUUCAGAAUCAAGGGUAUAUAUUAAUUGGAUACUGAAAACAUCCUUUUCAAUAAAAUCAAGAUCUACAAUAGUUAAUGUGGGUAGACAGGAUGUCUUUCAUUGAUAUCGCAGUAUGACUAAUCUUUUCUAAGAAGUGAUUUAUUAGCCACCAAUAGAAGAAGGUAGCUUCAGAAACAUGAUUACAUAAAUUUGAUAUAGAAAUUAGAUCAUCAAGUAAGGAUAAUACAUAGUAAGUUUGUAAACAACUAUGCAACCUAUGGAGGAUCAGUGUUCAUUGUUUAACUAAAAACAAUAAUUCAUAAUUGUUUGUUUCAGAAAAACAAAGCAGAGAUAGGAGGUGCAAUCUAUUAUUAUUCGAAUGAAUCUUCAAUGAUCAUAUUUGAAAGUGAUAUAAUUGAAAAUGAGGCUAAAAUUGCUGGAGGAUUGUACUUGAAUAAAUAGUAGCUGUAGAAAACAAUGUAAUUGGAUGUAUUUCUAUCAAAUAACAAUUCAACUCUUUUUGGCUCAGAUGUCUUUGAGAAUCCAAGAUCUCUGACAAUCUCUGUGGAUGGAGGACAGACCUUUUUAACCAAAGUUUAAGUAACGCAGAAUUCAACUACAAUCAUUGAGAAAAUAGUAGUCACUCCAUAUAAGAUAUUGGGAUCAUCUGAAAAAGCGAAGUAUUUAACAUUUCCCUCUGGUCGAUAGAUAGAAUCAUAUGAAUUCUUUGAUCAAUAUCAAUCCGAAUACAUUCCUUAUAAUUUAACCUUUCGUAUCAUCGCUCUUAACAAGUAUAACACUCAAGAGAAAAAAUUAGCAGGUACUACUUGCACUCUGACUCCUACAAUAAUCAACAUCACAAGUGAAGUGGUAGUACAAGGUUUGAUUGGAAGUUUAUCCUACAGUUAAGCAAAAUUUAAUGAAAGUACUGGUGAUUACAAUCUGGAUGAUUUAAUCAUCUACUUUAAUCCGACUUAUGAAGAUGACAUCAUCUUAAGAUUGAAUAUUUAGUGCAAUAUUAUCUCAAUUCCAGAAUACGAUACUAACCCCCCUUACUUAAUUAAGAAUUAUAUAACUAACUACAAUUUGUAAGUUGACAUCAAGACUUUCCCCUGCUAAUUAGGAGAAUUCUUGAAUUCAACUUCUGGAGGCUGCAUAUUGUGCGAUGUUAUUCAAAAUCAGUACUAGGUGCAAUGGAGUGCUCAGAGUUGCAGUUACAAAGAUGACUUAAAGAUGAAAUCAAUAGAAUCUUCAAUGAUUGAAUUAAGAUCAUCUUAUUGGAGAGCAUAUUAUUAUAGUCAAACUAUUGAAUAUUGUUAUCACCUGACUGAAAAUUGCGAGGGAGGAUGGUCACCAGGAGAUGAAUCUUGCAUAGUUGGACACAUUGGUGCUUUGUGUGAGUAAUGCGACUUGUACAAUGUUCGAGGAGAUGGGUCUUACUCACUAAGUUCUUCAUAUUCCUGUGGUAGUUGUGAUGAAAUCUUUGGGAAUGUGUUAACUAUAUUCUUCAUCAGCAUUUGGACCCUCGUCUCAAUUUUGAUGUCUGUAAGCAGCACGGUCCAGAUGAUUGAAGAAUUUAUUAUUGGAAUUCGAUUGAAGGCCUUCGGAGUCACCGUUGUCAUCAAAUAGGCUUCCACUGCCAUCUUAAUUAAGGUAUUCACGAACUAUCUCCAAAUCAUUUCGACUAUUUCUACAUUCUAACUGUAAGUCCCUUCAGGACUGGCAUCAAUCAUUAAUAGUGCUGGCAAUCCAAUUGAAUCUAUGGCAUACUCUCUAGAUUGCUUUUUGAUUAACGUUUCGGACAUUUUAAUCAUUUACUUUAGGAUCAUAUGGAGUCUAAUGAUGGCAUCCUCCUACAUAACAGUCUUCUUUACUUUGGGAGGAGUAGCUAUUCUGUUUAACUCCAUCAAGUUUAGGUUCUCCUAUAUCACUACAGCUCUUAUCUACGUGUUCAUCUACUUGCAGCCGAAUUUAAUAGGGGGAUUGAUCUCCUUAAUAUCCUAUAGAUUAAUUUCAGACGAAUAUUGGAUUCAAGGGAAUGUGGCCUAUCGCUAUGACACCUAUCAGCAUGUUAAAUGGUUGUUGGGCUUUUGCUUUCCCUUGUUGCUGUUCUUUGGAGCCAUAAUGCCCAUUUACUUGUGGUAUGGAGUUAGGAAGAAUUUACAUCGUUUGGAUCUUACGAAAGUGAGAUAAAUCUGGGGUUACCUUUAUAAUGAAUACAAGUUGCAUGCUUAUUAUUGGGAGACGAUCAAAAUCCUGUAGAAGGAAUUGAUUAUCAUUGUGCUGGCUUAUUAUGAGGAUCACAUCCCUAUUAAAGCAUCCCUUGUGUUUUUAGUGCUCUUUGGAUAUAGCUUUCUAACUACUGCUCAAAAACCUUACAUGUCAGGCGAUCUCAAUUACUUAGACACCAAAUCUACCAUAGCUUGUGCAGUUUCAAUUAUCUUAGGCAGUUCCAUUUACACAGCCUAACAAUCAAAUCUAUCGGAAAUCGUUUGGCCAUUUUACGUGAUUAUUGGAAUCUUGAAUGCAUUAUUUGUAGCGGAGAUGCUGGUUAAAAUAGUGUUUGCCUAUUUUUAAAAAUUGCAUGAUCAAAUUGAUUAUGUAAAAGAUUUCAUCAAGAGUCAUUUUCCCAAAGCGAUCAGCAGGUAUCCGUUCCUGAAUGAGUUGUUUGAAAGUAAAAAGAAAAAAUAGGAUAGGAUCAGAGAGAGAUAUAAUAAACUUAGAGUUCAUCUGAUAAGCUAAGCUAAAAAGAUAUUAGAAUUUAAAAGGUAAUCUAUAUUGUAUAUCUUCUAGGUUGAAUAAUUUAGAAAUCCCAGGCAGAAUCAAAACUGAAUUGCUAGAUAGCCAUGAUGACUAAUAAGAAAAGCAUGAAUAAAAAUUCGGAAUUAAUUCUAUUAACAGUCCAUCUAUGGAUCCCUCUGAUAAACUUGAUUUUAAAAACGAAGACCUCUCUGCUAAAGCCAGGUUUCAAAAGGUUUAUCCAGAAUUUCCGAUACAUUACAUUCCAUAGGAUAGUCUGAAAUCCAGUUUUCAUUAAUCAUCUGGCUGA